AUGCCCGUAACCAAUCGUGGAGGCCUACCCGGCGCCGACUACAAUUACUUGAAAGCCCAACCGCCCUCCUGGGAGUCAGUUCGAACCGGACUGUCUAUUUUUGCCUUGGUCAUCAUUGCACGCUACUGUGUGCAGACCAUCUACCGAUGGCUUAGACCAGCCCAGAGGCGCGACUCUGCUUCCUUUCUGCCCACCAACAACCCGCCGCUCCAGAGACAGCACAAGCCACACAUUGGGCCAAUGGACGAUGAAAAGAGCAUUCAAGGGGUCAGUGACCAGCACGAAGACCUGAGGGCGGCGGCGGCGGUAGCAGCAGCCUCGACGACGACGACAAACACUGCAAGCACGAUGGCGGAUCGGCACUCACACUGGAGAGGCGCUGGCGGUGCAUUGCCUGGACCCUUCAUCUCCCGGCUGCCUCCCGCGCCACCUUUGACUCCGCCGGAGCUGAGCACAGCCGUCUUCACCUUGGACAACGAGCCGUCCCCCAGCAGCCAAAGUUUCAUCCACCAGCCCAACCCCGACUACAUGUCCUCAACGUCCACCACUGCCUUCCAGACGGGCAGCCCAGACGCUGCCUCUAUCCCUCGGCGCCGAUCCUACACCCGGACGCUCCCCAUUAGCGCCCCCGGGGCUCACUCUCCCCAAGCGCAAUCGCCCAAGGCUGAAUCCGUGGAUCCCAUCUUUCUGCCCAGCUCCUACCCACCGUCGUCUGGGCUGCUGCCGCCUGCGCCUCCUUCCGGCCUGGACUUGGACCUCGAUGACCACGGUCACCGUAACGUCGACGUCCACGGCGAGAUACUCUCCGUCCUCGAUCGCGACGGCGCUGGCUGGACUCGUCAUACACGCGUCUACGGGGGCGGUACCUGCCUUGCGUGCGCUGCCAACGGCGGAGGUUUCUAUGGAGCUACUGUGACUCCAGAGGAGAUGCGGUGA